AGCCCCUCGCCCAUUAUUGUGAACACAGAAACCCUGGAGCCUGCCCUCUCUGUGAAUGGCAGUGACGGGAUGUUCAAGUAUGAAGAGAUUGUCCUGGAAAGGGGAAAUUCUGGCCUUGGAUUUAGCAUUGCUGGAGGGAUCGAUAAUCCACACAUUCCUGAUGACCCUGGCAUUUUCAUAACCAAGAUCAUCCCAGGUGGAGCAGCUGCCAUGGAUGGGCGUCUGGGGGUGAACGACUGUGUCCUGAGAGUGAACGAGGUCGAUGUUUCCGAGGUCGUGCACAGCAAGGCCGUGGAGGCCCUGAAGGAAGCGGGGCCUGUGGUGAGGCUCCUGGUGCGGAGAAGGCAGCCCCCACCAGAGACCAUCAUGGAGGUCAACCUGAUGAAAGGACCCAAAGGGUUGGGCUUCAGCAUCGCCGGGGGUCUCGGGAACCAGCACAUCCCUGGAGACAACAGCAUUUACAUCACCAAGAUCAUAGAAGGUGGUGCGGCUCAGAAAGAUGGGCGGCUGCAGAUUGGCGACCGACUGCUAGCAGUGAACAACACCAACCUGCAAGACGUCCGACAUGAGGAGGCCGUGGCUGCACUGAAGAACACUUCGGACAUGGUGUACCUGAAGGUGGCCAAGCCAGGCAGCUCCCACCUCAACGACAUGUAUGCACCACCUGACUACGCCAGCACUUUCUCUGCCUUGGCUGACAAUCACAUAAGCCAUAACCCUGGCCUGGGCUACCUUGGAGGAAUGGAGAGCAAGCCAGCUUACCCUGCUCCGCCCCAGGUCGCGCCUGCCCGCUACUCCCCUGUGCCACGCCAUAUGAUUGGGGAUGAGGACUUCACCAGGGAGCCCCGGAAGAUCACCUUACAUAAAGGCUCCACAGGCCUGGGCUUCAACAUUGUAGGGGGUGAAGAUGGCGAGGGCAUCUUUGUCUCCUUCAUCCUGGCAGGGGGCCCAGCGGACCUGAGUGGGGAGCUGCGGCGUGGAGACCGCAUCCUCUCGGUGAAUGGCGUCAAUCUCCGGAACGCGACCCAUGAACAAGCGGCGGCUGCCUUGAAGAGGGCCGGGCAGACGGUCACCAUUGUAGCCCAGUACAGGCCUGAAGAGUACAGCCGUUUUGAGUCUAAGAUCCAUGACCUCAGAGAACAAAUGAUGAACAGCAGCAUGAGUUCAGGAUCUGGCUCUCUUCGGACAAGCGAAAAGCGGUCUCUCUAUGUCCGAGCCCUUUUUGACUAUGACCGAACUCGGGACAGCUGCUUGCCCAGUCAAGGACUGAGUUUUUCUUAUGGGGACAUCUUGCAUGUGAUCAAUGCCUCAGAUGACGAGUGGUGGCAGGCGAGGCUCGUGACCCCUCAUGGAGAGAGCGAGCAAAUUGGCGUCAUUCCCAGCAAGAAAAGAGUGGAAAAGAAGGAAAGAGCACGGUUGAAAACUGUGAAGUUCCAUGCCCGAACUGGAAUGAUAGAGUCCAAUCGGUCGAUCAAAACGAAACGUAAAAAGAGUUUCCGCCUCUCUCGAAAGUUCCCAUUUUACAAGAGCAAAGAGAACAUGGCUCAGGAGAGCAGCGUACAGGACCAAGGGCAAGAGGACACAAUUCUGUCAUAUGAACCUGUGACCCGGCAAGAAAUUCACUAUGCGAGACCAGUGAUCGUUCUGGGACCCACGAAAGACCGAGUCAAUGAUGAUCUCAUCUCAGAGUUCCCACACAAAUUUGGCUCCUGUGUGCCACACACUACCAGGCCUAGGCGUGAGAAUGAGGUAGAUGGGCAGGAUUACCACUUUGUGGCAUCCCGGGAGCAGAUGGAGAAGGACAUUCAAGACAGCAAGUUUAUUGAGGCUGGGCAGUUCAAUGACAAUCUCUAUGGGACCAGUAUUCAGUCUGUGCGGGCUGUAGCAGAACGGGGGAAGCACUGUAUCCUUGAUGUGUCUGGCAAUGCCAUCAAGAGGUUGCAGCAAGCACAACUGUACCCAAUCGCCAUUUUCAUCAAGCCAAAAUCCAUCGAAGCACUCAUGGAGAUGAACCGGAGGCAGACAUACGAACAAGCCAACAAGGUAUUUGACAAAGCCAUGAAACUGGAGCAGGAAUUUGGAGAGUAUUUUACAGCCAUUGUACAAGGAGACUCUCUGGAAGAGAUUUACAGUAAAAUCAAACAGAUAAUAGAAGACCAAUCUGGGCAUUAUAUUUGGGUCCCAUCCCCUGAGAAACUGUGAAGUCUCCACUUUCCAAUCAACUUGUGAGAAGAUCAGAGACCCCUCCCCCAGCCCCCUGCCCUUGGGGGCGGGGAGCAUGAAGACCAUCCCUGUCCCUUUUUUAGAUGGUUGACAAUUGAGUUUUCUAGUCCUGUUUUCUUUUUCUUGGGAUGGACCAAUCUCCUUCAUCAAGUGACUGUCCCCACCCGUUCCUGCAUGGACCUUCCUGUUGCUCCUUUAGAAAUGGAGGCAAACCCCAUUUGAGAGUUUUGUGUGUUUUUUUAAUUAAAAAAAAUUACUAUCAAGAGUUAAAAUAAAGAAGCAAGAUGGGAGGUAGCAGAUGAGGACUAGCUUAAAAGAGCCACCAAGGCAACAGAUAAGGACACUGUCUGCCCCUGUAAACAUGCUGAGGACUGGCAACCUGGGGCAGCUUUUCCAAGAGUGCAGUGUUCACCCAGCACUGUGAUGGAAGGGAAGGCAACAGAAUGCAUAUAAAAUUAAAAACAUGAGGGGGGCUGCUUAAGUGGUACUUUGUUAGUGCAAGAAUUAUAUUACUGUCAUAUCUCAGCCAUGUGGCCUAGAAACCCUUUUGUGGCUGAGGGUGGAUUUAAAGGUACCAAGUGUUUGGUUUCUUUGGGUGCUGCUGAGUGUUUUUUUGGAAAUCCAAUUUUGUAGGGAAGGCUGUGUUUGGAAAGAACUGCAACUGGCGCUGUGGUUGUGAUGUGUGCAGAGAGCCCAGGACCACAUGUGAAGCUUCAGCAGUUGAUUUGAGCACCAUAAAGCAAAUUGAAAAUGCUACCUAUUGCACAUUGUUUUAUGUCACCUGAUGUGUUUGCAUGAGAGGUUUCUUCUGGGUUUUUUGGGUUUUUUUUAAAGCUGGCGUUAAACCAAAAUCAUGUUUGUGUUGGUGUGUUGGCUUUUCAUUAUUCCCAGCUUUUGAUUUUAAUAAUGAACUUAACGGGUAUACAAUCCAGUUUUUUAAGUUAUUUUUUAAGAUUGUUCCGUUGUAAAUAGAUUCCAGACUCAGACCCAACCUACAGACCAUGUGGAAUGAGCACACCAGCUGUUCUUUGUUGUGAUGGGGUCACUUCCCUGUAGGGAGACUGAACUCCAUCCCACUGACUUUUUUCUGGUGGAAUAACAUUUUGAGAUCCAUACAGCGAAGCUGAAAGCAGCAGAUGAAAAUGGGAAGAGAAUCUGCAUCCUAGAUGGAUACAAUAUCCCAACCGCAUUCAGAACAGACUUCUCUGGAAAUCCUUAUUCUAGCAGAAUUUUGUCAAAUUCUGGUUGUAACACUUGGAAGCCCUUCCUGACAAGUGCAUCACCAGGGGCUCAGUGAAGAACACCAUCCCUCUUAUUUUGCAUUUCUGUAUAAUUUCUGUUCCGAGAUGAGCCCCCAUUACCCCACAUGGCCAACCUCAGCCUGCAGUUCUUCAAGACAGGAAAGGGUAGGUGGAAUUCAGAAUGCACGCUGUUGUGAGGCACAGACUGUUAGUUUUACAUGUACUAAGGCAGUUGCUUCCAGGAAGCCUUGAUAUAUGCUCAUCCUAAUCAUGUCCAUCAAUGUGUAAGCUGUGUGGGUAAAAAAGUUUCUUGUUUGCCCGCUGAGCAAGAAAAUAAGCUGGAUCAUUAUUGAGAGAAGUUUUCAAGCACUCCCUAGUUUGGUACAAGCCCAUGCCUGUUAUUCAAAAGGAGAUUUGCUCGUUUUCCCAGUCUUGCCCCAUCCAGCUCUCGAAUCAGGCACUCAUAGGCAUCCGUUUUCCGUGGAAUGACAGCAAUGGAUGUUAUGGGAGGAGACCCCAGUGUUACUGGUCCUAAGGGAGUGAGUAGGACUCGGCCUCAGAUUGCAGCAGGGUGAUGCUGCCCACUCCAUAGCUGGUAGGUAGCUCUGUCAUUCAUUGUGAUAUUUGUGCACGGGCCUCAUUGUUAAAUAUGGGUGAAAACUCAUCCUGUGGAGAUUCAUUCUGGUAAGCAAGAAGCUGUUUCCACAUCGGCUGUGUUGCAAGAAACCAAGUGGAACUUUGGUAGCACUGGAGCUGCUGUUUGCUGGCAGGACUAUGAAGAAUAAAGAUGAGGGAACUGUCAUUUACAAGUUCCUGGUGGAGGGAGUUUGGACAAGGGGCUGCCACAUGCGACUUCUACUCAGCCGGCACUGCAAGGCACAUUCUUGAGAACUGGCCUGUACACAAAAGCAGCAGCUUCUGAGGUGGCCAGUCUCUAGGUUCUAACUCCUUUUCUUUUCUAAUAGCCUGUCGCCUUGUCUUCUAGGCCCAUGGAGAAAAGGCCUAUGUACCCAUGGCAUAGCUGAAAGUAUCAAUCAUGACACUAGUUGGUUUACCAGUGUUUCUUCCAAGGAGACAUAUAUUUUUAAUAAACAGAACGUUGCAAUGAA